AUUCCGACUAAAUGAAUAACCACUGUUCCUCUAUCUUGUUGAUCUCUUCUUCCCGCAGUAUAAAUACUCAUGCAUACUUAGUGAUCUUUAAGUAAUUAAUGUCCAAAUUAACAAGUUACCUUUGAUUAAUUCAAAUUAAGAAUUAAUAAACAUGUCGUGGUGGAGCGGUUUCUUUGAGCUAAGGCCUUUAUUUCACUUGCUACUUCCACUCAGCAUCCAUUGGAUUGCUGAAGAAAUGACAGUUUCUGUUCUUGUUGAUGUUACAACCACUUCUUUGUGUCCUCAACAAUCAACUUGCUCCAAAGUCAUCUACAUCAACGGCCUUCAACAAACGAUUGUUGGAAUUUUCAAGAUGGUGAUUCUUCCACUUCUAGGCCAGCUUUCGGACGAACACGGCCGCAAACCUUUACUCCUUGUUACCAUGUCCACAACUAUAAUUCCUUUUGCUUUACUUGCUUGGAAUCAAUCCGAGGAAUUCGUAUACGCCUACUACGUGAUUCGAACAUUUUCAUACAUAAUCAGUCAAGGGAGUAUCUUCUGCAUUUCUGUCGCGUAUGUCGCAGAUGUUGUUAAUGAAAACAAAAGAGCAGCAGUAUUCAGUUGGAUCACUGGUCUGUUUUCUGCUUCACAUGUUCUCGGGAACGUCCUCGCUCGAUUCCUUCCUCAAAACUACAUAUUUUUGGUUUCAAUAGUACUAUUGACCUUUUGUCCAAUUUACAUGCAAAUUUUCCUAGAUGAAACUGUGAAAAUGAAUCCAAGAAAGAACCAAGAGUUAGGCUUAUGCAAAAAAAUCGUUAGCGUUGUCAACCGAAGAUACAAAUCUAUGAGAAAUGCCGCGGAAAUAGUAAUCUUCAGUCCAACAUUAAGAGGCAUGGCUCUUGUUUCUUUCUUUUAUGAGUUGGGAAUGUCUGCCAUAAGCAGUGUUUUGCUGUACUAUCUGAAAGCUGUUUUCGGUUUUAACAAAAAUCAGUUCUCGGAACUUCUGAUGAUGGUUGGAAUUGGUUCAAUCUUUUCUCAGAUAGUGUUGCUUCCAAUACUUAAUCCUUUGGUUGGAGAGAAAGUGAUUCUAUGUUCUUCCUUACUUGCAUCAAUAGCAUAUGCUUGGCUUUCUGGUUUAGCAUGGGCCCCUUGGGUACCAUACUUAAGUGCCUCAUUUGGCAUAAUCUAUGUACUAGUGAAACCUUCUACAUAUGCUAUUAUUUCAAAAGCAUCAAGUUCAUCAAAUCAAGGAAAAGCACAAACUUUUAUUGCUGGUGCACAAUCUAUAUCUGAUUUACUAUCACCAAUUGCUAUGAGUCCUUUGACUUCACUGUUUUUAUCUAGCAAUGCUCCAUUUGAAUGUAAAGGUUUUAGCAUUAUAUGUGCAUCUAUAUGCAUGAUAAUUUCUCUGAUUUUUGCUUGCAUGCUAAAUCCUAAUCCUCAUUCAAGUAAUGAGUUGGAAGGAAAUCCAGAAGACCCUCUUCUGAAUUAUAACUGAUUAGAGAUGUAACUAAGGCAUCCUUUGCCUCAAAAUUCUGUUGGACAUUUUCAUAUAUACAUAGAAUUGGUGUUAUAUUGAAGAUUAAAUUGGUUUGUUUUAAGGAAAAUAUUACUUGUUUGUAUCUUAUGUUACCUCAUUCUCAACCUGAACUAUGCCUUGAGGAUAAUAAAUAUCAAUAAUUAUGUAAA